GGACAGUAGAUUAAAGUAACUAAUAAACUAAUGAGUUAUAAGAAUAAAUGUGAGAAUAUAAAAUGAGAUUUCAGAAGCUUAUUGAACACCAGAACAUAACAGGAGACAGGAUGUAGAGUCUCGUGGCUGAAGAAGUUAAACCGGAAAACAGCAGAAACAGAAGACUUUUUAUUCCACUAAGUGUCUGUUCACAUGUUCAGUGGAGGAUGUGUGUUAGACAUGGCAGAGUUCCUGAGUGGGUUUAAUCUACUGCUGCUGAUUGGUGUCAUCAGUCUGAGUCUCCUUCAGAACAUUUCAGCUGAUCUGUUAUCUGUUGAUCCUGGAGAAAACGUCACUCUGUUCUGUAACAGCACUAAUUAUUCAGAGAUAUCGUGGUAUCACAUGAACUCAGCAGGCAAGAGGCAGAUUAUAUCGACCAAACAAGGGAAAGUGGACAAACACUUUUAUACUGAUUAUAAUGAGGAUAAGAGUCACUUUACUAUAUCAGAAAGCAGCAGUUCAGUCAGUUUAGUGAUUAUUGGAGUUAGAGACACAGAUCUGGGAUUUUAUUACUGUGGAGGUCGAAACAAGGAACACAUUCAGUUUGGGAAAGUCAUCAGUCUGAACUUUACAGGUGGCAGCAGAAAUGAGACUCGUUCUUCAUCAGAGGAUUCAGAUUCACACCAGACUGGAGGAACUGAGAACAUCUGGAUUAUACAUAUGAUCAUAAUGUUUGUGUGCUCCAUCUCUGUCCUAAUAAUCAUCAUCUGCAUGUGUGUGUUCUGCAGCAGGGUGGAAGGAAAAUUAUCAUCAUCAUUAUCAUCAUGCUGCAGUCACGACACCAGCUCCACUGAACAGGACGAAAACCUUCAUUAUGCCAGUGUUCAGUACAAAAGAAGGACCAGAAAAUCUUCUAUGAACAACACAACAUCAGAUUUGGACAGUGUGACGUACGCAAUAGUCACCUCACAACCACAGAGACACUGAACAACACAAGAUGGUCUGCUCUGAUCUCAUCAGGGAUUUCAGAUCAUCUUAAACAUCAUCCCUGCACCACUGAGCUAAUGUUCAUCUCUGGAGCUUCAUCACCAUGUCAGGAUCUUCUGAUUUACUGCAGAACUCUCAGAUCACACAUCAUGGACCAUCAGUUACUCUUCUAUCUAACUUGACAUGGAAAGGUGUCAGGACACACAGUGCUGAAAAGGUUUCACUGAAAUCUCUGUCAGAAAUAUUCACAACAUUCUUCUACUGAAACAUGAA